UUGGUUUCAACCAGUGGCAGUCAAGGAGUGUCUUCAGAUGUCACAACCAGUCUUCGUCCUUUCAACAGUCUUUGCAGUGGAGAACUGUCAGAAAUUCAUUUAUUUUUGUCAGUUGACUAGUUUAGCUUUGAAACAGUCAGACCUGGGGUGAAAACCAUCCGAAAAUCCACCUUCCUAGUGGGAUUUCCCCCACAAUCUGCUCAACAGCAGUGCCUUCUCCUGACUCCAUCCCGGGAUGUUUGCACAAGAGCCUCCAGCCCCUUCAGCAGCCUCCCUGCAUGCCCAGGAAUCCAGGAAGAACUGGCAGAUAGCAGAGAGCAAUGCGUUUGUUCAGACUGUCUUAGGAAGCGCAAGCAGCUCAUUUUCUUGCCCCAGGCAUGCAGAUUCACCGACUUCGAUGUCCUCUUAUAGCACCGUCGGCUCCGAGGCGGAGCUUAGAGAGGCUGUUGGCUUCAUGCGCAGAUUCCUCCAGGAAGGCCGGCAGGAUUCAACAGAGAAGGCAAAGUUCCUGGGCUGUGUGGAUAUCUACAACGCGAACACCAACAAGCAGAAGAGCAAGCGACUCAUGGAUCAGACCUACAAUCCAUCUGUGAUCAGAGAUACCCUCAGGCUCCUUCUCCCUGCAACAUCCUCGUCAGUGGCCAUGGAGCGGGAAGCAGCAUUGUCCAGAAUGACCAAACUGAUUGGCACCAUCACAAGCCACUGUAUCACUAGAGGAAUGAAGGACUUCAGGAUUGGGCAGCUGGUGGGAAGCAUGACCCUUUGCUGCCGUGACUCCAGCGAGGGGGUGCGCCAGUGGGCGGCUGAUGGGCUCCACCAUUUGUAUGCCUUGAUCUUGACCCAAAAGGGAAUAACCAUGACUUAUGACAGUCAGGAGUAUCUGGAUCUUCUGAAGGAGUGGGAGGAAGAAAAGAUCUUCUGGCUGGCCUGGUUCUCUGAUGUCAGUGACACCACCAUGAUAUUCAAAAAAUGCCUCCGUCCUGAUGAUCAGACAGAUUUCAUCCUAACUUCCAUCAGGGCCAUGGUAGACGAAAGCAUCCACAGUAAAAAGGCUGCCAUCCAAAUGUUGAAAGCUAUGCUGCGGGAGCCUAUACCUAAUCUGGUGAAGAUUCCCAAAGCCGUCAAGUUCAUUUAUCAUUGUAUGGAGCACAUCAGUGAUGCUUCAGCCCGUCAGGAGAUCUACAGAUAUCUCCGCCUUCUUGGAAACACCAAUGCUCAAGAGUUGGUGAAGGCACUCCUCGGAUGCUCCCUUCAGUGUGAUAGCACUGCAUCUGCCAUGUGGCAUGCCAUAACAUGCUUCUCCGAACUAGCAAAGAAGAUCCUGACCGAGCUGCAGAAUACCAUGCAGGAGAAGCCUCUCAACCCUGAUGAACCUGAUAUCAGGGCCGCUUUGCAGCCUUUGGCGGCCACUGCAGCUCUUCAUGACCUUCUGAGACAUCCAUCUCCGGCCUGCAGACAAGAGCUGAAAGCCAUGUAUCCCACGCUCUCCAUUGCGUUGCUGUGCCAGAUCUCCUACACCUUACACUUCACGCCUCAGGAGAUAGACAUCUACUGGAGGACCUGCAUCCAGCAAAAUAUCCCCACCCCUCCUGUCCCUUUCAGGUCUGCCUUGAGAACCUUCAGAUCUCUUAUCAGACGCGUAGGUGAUGGGGAUCAGACCCUCAUUAUGAAUGACAGGAGAGGCUCAGAGCUCCUGCUACACCGUGAGACUCACCAGAAGGGCAUCACCCUCUUUGCCAGAGCCCUGUUCAGAAACCAGGGAUGCUUCAAUUUGUUGCCCUUUCUGGUGGACAUUUUGGACAACAAAGAGGACACGAAGCACAUCACUGUAAUGACUUUCUUGGUUGAGCUUCUGCACCAGCAAACAUUUGAAGGCGAUGAUGAAAGCCUUAUCAUCCGGCAACUGAGCAAGCAGCUGAUGGCAGCUAGAUGUGAGCUCAGGUCUCUGGCACUUGAUGGCAUGCUUUACCUGGCUGAUUAUCCAGAGAAGGUGGUUAAACUGGAGCCUGCAUUGCCAGAUAUCCUGGCCAGACUGAAGGAAGCAAACCGAGAAAUCAACGUGAAGGCCCUCAAACUCUUGCCAAGCCUCUUGAGGAGCCUGCAGAACAAUGAAGCUAGUUCCCUCACGAUAGAUGUGGCUGCCAGGGUGCUCCCCCUUUUUGAUGACGCAUCCAACAAAGUGCGACUGGCAGCCAUCACGACUUUCAUCCUUCUGCUGGACACCGUCAAAAGAGGAGAGAGAGAGCAGAUGAGAGACCUCACCUUCCAAAGCCUGGUGCCACUCAUGGUGCACCUCCAAGACGAGAGUGUCCCUGUGGCCCAGGCUUGCUGGGAUGCUCUGAAGAGAAUUGAUGCGUAUAUGAAAUCCUUCAUCCAGUUGUUAAUCCAUGACUCUGACCAAUGGGGUUUCUGCAAAAGUCUUGUGAAGCGCUACAAGGAACACGGAGAAAACAUCCUUGUGGAUCAGACCUUGGUAUACCUUGAAAACCCCCGACGUUCCCUGAGAGAUGCAGCCAUGAAGCUCUUAGAAAUCUUUGCUCAGGAGACAAGGAGCAGAGAAACCUUAUGCGCCAUUGCUACUGUUCUGAAUCUUGCGAGGCUGACCAAUAAGCCAUCCAACAUGUACUUGGUGGCAUCUGAUAUUAUGGGGGCCAUGGGGCGCACAUCUACAGAAAGCUUCAUCGGGAGAUGUUUCAGCAGAUUCAGGACGAUGUGCAGGAAAUAAAACGGCUCUUCUUUGGUGGGGAAAAGGGGCCUGCUGUAUACCACUUGGGACCUCUUCCUGCGGUUCAGCUCAGUCCUGGAUCUUCUCCAUCUGGAGUCUUUUUCAUUCAAGCUGUCUCCCAUCCUGAGUCUGCUCCACCCAAGACGAGUUCCUGAUCAUCCCCUGGAAGCUUGAAGGGACUGGCCGGCUGUUUCCAUCUCCCUGGCCUGAUCGCUGACCAUGCCCGCUGUCCCUCAUCUUCUGGGGGUGGGAUACUUGGCCAGAAUCACAGCUCAGAGUCUGCCGUGCCGCUAAUGUAAGGAUGUGUUACUGCUCUGAGCAGUCAUGGAUGGACAUGUCAAGCCCCUCUGUCUCUUCUGGUCCCUCCACUUGUUUCCUCAAGGGAUUUCUCCCUCUUCGCUUCCUCUGGUGCUCUGCGUGGCAGCGUAUUGUUUCACGAGGCCUCUCUAAACUGAGGAGUUGUUUCUGGAAUCUGGGAAUUAUCGGGGGAGGGAGGAUUUUGGGACCUCCCUGUUUAAUAUCCUCUUAUCUUUCUCUUCUAGUUGGUGGUGCAAAAGUUGCACUCAGGGUGGCGAUAAUGUGCAGAAAUGUAGGGUUUAGUUAUGUCUUACAUGUUUUACAUGUAUUAGGCUAAGAGGUUGAACAGUUUAAAAAAAAGUUGUAAAAGAUAUCUUCCCCAGUAUCACACUGAGAGCAAAAAAUACAUAAAUCAGAAAGCACUUGGUUUGUGAUUAUAUCUGGAAUAUAUGUAAAUAUAUCCCAAGAUAUAUCCCAGAAAACAACCUGUAUAAUGUUUCUUUGAAUACAGCAUGUGACUUCAACCACAUUUAGUGAGAAACUGUGUAAGAUUACAUUAUGGUCUAUGAUGCCAGUAUGCUACAUAAUGAUGUCUCUUGAUUGGCAGGAACUGAUGUGCAUGGUUGACUGUUAAUGUAAGAACAAUACAAAAUGGAACUCCUAAGUCAUCCCAUUGAGUUUGGGGAAUUCUCUCGACAUGGCUAUAGCACUAACCUAAACCAAUUUAAUGGUCAUAGGUUCCCUCCACAGGGACCCUGGAGUUCUUCUGUGAUAGGGCUAGUGACUGCAGACAGAGUUCUCAGUGCCUGCAUUAGAACUAUAAUUCCCAGGGCUCCGUGGGACUUCCCAAUUCCUUGACAGGUAAACUUGUUUGACAUUGAUUUAGGUAUCUAGACAUGCUAUCUGUCACUCCGAGUUGUAGUUAUUUCCAGUAUCUUCCCUUCACUUUUCUCAUUUCCCCUUUACUUUUUUUUUUUUUAAAUUCAGUUGUCUUUUUGAUACUGCUUGAAUGGCAUAUUUAUUUUAAGGGAUCUCCUCCCUUUUCUCACUAAGUUUAAAAUCUGUUUACUUUUCAAAUUUAUAUCCUCACUGUCAUUCUGAAUGUGUAAAAAUUCAUUUUGAAUUGGGAAACUGUAAUGUUAUAAUGCCAUGGAUUAUUGUAAACUGAAUGUGUGUGUAAUAAAUCCUGUGCCUUCCUUCCCUUGUAUUUAACUCCCGAUUCCAACACAAGUUUCAGGAUGGUUGCUACUACCAUUUCCUAAUUUAUAAGGGAUACAGAUCCAAUGGUCAACAUUACAGAAAAUAAACUUCCACUUUUGGUACAA